AUGGCUCGCGCUACAUCCCUAGCUCUAUCGGAUAUCUCUGAACUCACUGUCUUGUCCAGAUCUCCCAGCCCGGUGCCUGACUAUGCGACCGUUUUUACCAGCGCCAACGAAAUCGCGGAGUCAGUCAACUCUGUCCAGUCCACACAAAGGGGUGACGACGGACGCUUUAUCUCGCCUAGCAAGAAGAGGGCUCACUUUACUGCUGAAGAAAGUCUACGAACAACCCGUAAAGGCGAAGAAGCGGAUACCCCUGCGUCAACAUUAGACCCUAUGAGCCCGAUGCCGUGGGUUGUCGGGGAGGGUGGUUUCGGAACCAUGAGCACCUUGCCAAAAGAAAUACGCCAAGAAAUAUAUGGCUACGCUUUCGAUAUCGACUGCCCAGUGACCAUCAAGCAAUGCUGUGGACCCGAUACGACGAAACGGGAACGGCAAACAUGCCGAAAGCACGGCAUCGCCACUAAGAUGGGCGCUGGCAGAUUCAACAUCCUCCAGGUCUCGAAGGCCAUCCGAGAAGAGGCAUCAUGGGUUGUCUUCGAGCAAGGCUCCCUCCAUCUAGAAGUAGCCAGGGCCGUCGCCCCGUAUCUGAACGGAUACCGCUCCCAAAGCCUCCGACAUAUGCCGAUAUUCGUGCAGCACAACGCGCGGAAAACUGCAAUGUGGACUGCGGCCGCGCAAUUUCGGCUCAUCGAGAUCAGCGUACCUGAGAACGAACUCAACUUUGGAAAUCCAUUAGUGUAUACUGAUCAUCUGCUCGGCAUCGUAGCUCUGCUUUGCAAGACGUGGGAACACCGGUUGCUUGUUCCCAGCGCCGCUACUGCAAAGUCGGUGCACGUGAACCUAGGCAGCGUGUUCCAUCAGAUGCUGCCCUUCAACAUGGAGUCGCAGGCUGCUGAAGGCUACGGUGAUCUCCUUGACUGGCUGUUUGUCCAUUCUCCGUGCGCAGAACCCGACUUCGAUAAGCUUGCUCUAAAGACCGCCCAUGACUUGCGACGACUGGUGUUCUUUGUUGGGAAGCAUGACGGAAACGCAAAGUGGAAGUUCACGGCCAAGACCCAACUGAAGGAGAAGGACAAGGGUGGUGCUAGAGAGCUGCGCGCUUUUCAGUUUGGUUGUGCAAAUAGUGGAGUCAUGUUUGAGCAUAUGGACUGCAGCUGA